UAAGUUAACUAUGGUUACAUACACGGAAAACACAAUAAUUCAACCACUAGAUGUCGGACAAGAAAUCAAAACAAACAAACGGCGUUUUCCUGUGAAAGUCUGCUGGGAGUUAUGGCAAAAUUAUCUUUUUUGAAUUGACAUGUGAGGUAUGGGAAAAUGGAUUAUAAUUGGCUAAGAAUAAAUAUUAGAUAUACUGUCAAGGAUCGUCGGGUGUAAACAAUUCAUGUUAACACAAAGGUAAACCGGCAGAACUUUACAGUGUUUCGAAAUAAGUUCAGAAGGUUUGAACAAAUCCCAUCUGCCCUGCCCAUGGAACACAGCCCAAUCAUGUCCACUUUAUAUAAACAGUUUCAAAUUGGAAUCCACCGUGUCUGCCGUGUGUUUAUGUUACCAAAGUUGGACGCCCGAACGACACACGUUCGUCUGUUGGUGUUUAUAAAUUUGUUAAAAUAUUUGUUUGUGUGUGUCAUAUGACUGUAUGGGUACCGGUACCUACGGUACCGGUAAACUUGCACAUGUGUUCCUGCAUGUUUUAAACCUCAUUACUGUAUCAGAGGUUUUGCCGUUUUUUCCUAUCUGGUUCCUUGAAUCUAUAAACCGGUCAACCUGGCUACAAUUAAAGUUUCUCAUUUACCUGCAGUGUUGGAUAUAUCCUAUUCUCAUGUCGUUAUCUAACAAUCCCAAUUUAUACCAAUGGAAGAGAUUCAAAAAACAGACAUUGCCAAAACCAAGCAAGACCAAGAAAGAUGAUAUUCAAUGUUGGCUUGAAAAAGUUGAAGCAGCAACUGAUGUGGCAAUAAAAAAAACAUUCUCAGAAUAUAAACCUGCUGCUGUGUCUCAAACAAGAUAUUCUACUCAUCAUGGAGAUGAUUUAUCACAAGUAAUGGAUAAAUUGCAUGAUUAUGAAGAUAGCCACGCUGAAGCUCAAGAACUUGUAUCAGAUUGGAUGAAUGAAAAAAUUAGAUUUGAUUAUUUAGACAAUGACGAAGAAAAUUUGCUUACAAAUUCAAAUGUGGAAUUUGGGCAACAGCCAGCACGAGGGAUUGAAACUGCAACUUCAGAAAAGUGGUAUCAAGAUAGCGAAGCUUUCAUCCAAAGUUAUUUAGAAAAAGACAAUCCAAAAUCGAGUUUCUCUAGAAGUAAACACGAAAGACCUGUACAGAAAAAUGAUGUCUUAGGUCAACUGGAUAUUUAUGAGGCCGAUGAAAACACAGUAGUGAAGGCAUUAUUAAAAAAUAUGAUGGAAAAGCCACUCAUUAAACCCAAUGAGAUGAAAGUCCUAAAGAAAAAGAGCAUUUCAUCAGAGAAAAAACACACUAAAUUUCAUGAUCCAACGACAACUAUGGACAUGCGGCAUAAGGAGGUGAAAGAAGCAAGACUUCGAAAGCAAAAGCAGGAGGAAAAGAAGAGACAGGAGAGGAUGAUUCAAAAAGAAGCAAAAUUUAAAGCUCAACAAAUUCUGAAAGAAGAAGAAAUGCAAAAAAAAUUGCGAAAGAAAAAAGAAGAAGAGGCAAUUCAAAUAGAAAUGGCAAAACUAAGGAAAGAGAUGAUUGAACAAAAAAAGAGAGAGGAAAAUCAAAGAAGGGAAAAAGAAAAGGAAAUUGAAAAAGAAUUGGCUUUGGAAAAUGAAUCAAAAAUGACUAGAAGACAGGAGAUUGAACGCAUAGAAAGAGAGAAACAAAAAGAAAAAAUAUUAAGUGAGAUUUCCAGAAUUGAAGACAAAGAAAGAAGAGUCGCUGAAAGGAUGAAAAAAAGAAACACAGAAAAUCGGAUAUUGUUACAUAAAUGCUUCAGAACUUGGUGUAAAAUUGUUCUCAAUCAAAGAGUCAAACUUGGAAAAGCUAAAGCAAUGUCAGAUUGGAAGUGCAUGCAAAACGUGUGGAAUGCCUGGAAAUCUUACACAAGAAAUCAAAGAUUGGAAAUUGAAACAAAGCAUCAUCAGACAAAUAUGAGAGAGACAAGAUUGAAGGAGAAGAAAGCAGUUAAUUGUGAAAAGUAUCGUUUGAUGAGGAAAUCAUUCUUCACUUGGAAAGUUUGGGUAAAAACUGAGCAAGAAAGAAAAGAAAUUUUGAAGCAGCAAAACACUACUAAAGCAAAGAUGCAAGCUUUGUUGGACGCGUUUACAUCCGGAAAUAUUGGGAAUAAAAUAGAAGAAACGAUGAUUAUUCAGUCCGUUGAAUCAACUAGUGAAGUUGAGUCAGAACUUCCACAUUUUCAACCAAAAAAACCUUCAAUAAUUUCGAACCCAGGUCAUGGAGCGAAGAAUUUAAAUCAUACUACAAAACCGAAACAUGCAUGGCAAGUUACGAAGAAGGAUGUACACAGAUUAAAACCUGACGAAAUGAGACAAUUAUCGGAUAAAAGACACAAUACACCGCAAGCAACUACUCAGGAACCAAGAGUAAAAGUUCAUGUUCAAUCAAUUGAUCCUUAUAUACACAGACACAAGUUUCAGAAAGAGGUUAUUGACCAACAACGAGUCAUAUUGCACGAGCAGAAGAGAAUGAUAGAAGAAAUGCAAGAGCAGCAAAAAAUACUUGCUUUACAGAAAGAAGUUGCGGUGUUACAGCAACAACAUAAACAACUUGAAAAUAAUAAAAUUUCAUCGCUAAGGGAUGAGCAGAGCAUAACUAGGGUUCAACCUCAGCAAGGAAAUUCAACUGAAGUGCCACAGCCACUCAGUGCAAGAUCAAACAGUUCUGGGAACUCAGUUGCAAAGAAACAUCCAAUUGUUUCGAAAAUGGAAGAGAGAGCAGCUGAGAGAUUAAAAAGAAGAAAGGAGUUAGAGGAAAUAAAGAGAAAGAGAGAAGAGGAAAAAAUAAAAAAGAUACAAGAGGAAGAAGAGCAGAAAGAAAGAGAAGAGCAAGAAAAGAAAAUGAGACAAAUAGAAGAGAGAAGGGAAGCGAAACGAAUGCAAAAGAAGUUGGAAGAAGAGAAGAAAGCAGCACAAGAACGUAUGAGAAAAUUAUGUAAAAUGGCAGACAAUCAUUACACAAAAACAUUAAUAAAAAAUUAUGGAUUUGUACCAUGGAAAAAAUUGAUACAAUCAAUGAAAAGCAAAUGGGAGGUAGCUGUAUUUCAUCACAGAAGUAUUCUUAUGAGAAAAGUUCUAUUUGAGUGGAAAAUUGAGAGUGAAAGAGCAAGAGAAGAGAGAGAACAGAAAGCAGAUAAACUUUACAGACUCAUUUUGCUACGACGAGGGAUGCAUUCCUGGAUGAAAUAUGGUGAAAGAAUGGAAAUAUUGGAACAGAAAGCAAUUAUUCAUCGGAAUAAAGUUCUGAGAAAGAAAUACCUCAAAUAUUGGGUUGAUUACACAACAGAUGAAAAACUUUCUGAAUGGGACAAAGAAGCCCGAGCUGACGCUCAUAAUCGCACUCGUCUUCUGCGACGAGUUUUUAACGUUAUUCGUUCUUAUCGUGAAUUGAUUGUGAAAGAAUCAGAGCGAAGAAAACGACUUGGAGAAAUGAGACGGAAAGUCAGUCAAUUGUUGCCAGAUUUUCAGUAUUCACAAGAUUCAUUCACCAGUGAUAUGGCUGGUGAUGAAAUUGACGAGAAUUUUGAUAAUUAAGAUAUUUCAGACGGAGAAUGUUUUUCCAUGGCUCGAUGCACAUGAUUGAACAGUUUAAUGUUUUAUUACUGCAUUUGGUCUAUGAUCCGUGACCACAUUUAACUUUUGUAAUAUACUGUAUUAAAGCAGUUUUUACUUGUUUUUGAAUGAUGCUAAAUGCUAUCAAUUUAUCAGCUUCCCACUGUAAAUUUAUGAUUUAAUAAAUAGAUCUUUAGUUUUUA